AGCAUUCCGCUGGAGUUACCCGGCCGCAUAGCAGGUACCUGGGCUAUCGAGAGCAUCUAGUCGUCCCCAAUCGCGCCAAGACAGUAUCAAGGCUGUGCUAGAACCAAGCCAUGUCGAAUGCUCGAUUGAGGACGUCGGACGAAAUCUGACGGCAUCUUCUGACGGACUUUCGUGCUGCUAAUCUCCAUCGCCCACAGGCAAACGCAUGACGCGUAGUUGAGACAUUGCAUUUAUUAUUCUGAAUCAAGCUCACCGCGUCCGGGCAUUCUACAAAGCAGUUUCGUCCCUCGUCCAUCCACCAUGGUAGGCAUCAGCGAAGUCAGGACGCAGCUAAAAGACCUCAGCCGUUACGGCUCCGGAUUGGUUGGCGUCUUUGUCGGAGGAACUUCUGGUAUCGGCGAGACGACUGCUCGUGAGUUCGUGCGAUAUACCACGAAGCCACACGUUUACGUCGUCGGUCGGUCCCAGGAAGCAGCCGACAGGCUCAUCCCGGAAUUCAAAUCCCUUAACGCAGACAGCAACAUCGAAUUCAUCAAGUCAGACGUCUCGCUCCUCCGGAAUGUCGAUGAUGUGUGCAAGCAGCUCAUCGCCAAGGAAGAUAAGAUCAACCUACUGUGCCUGUCCGCCGGCUUUUUUACCUUCCAGGGACGCCAGGAAACCAACGAAGGUCUGGACUCAAAACUGUCCCUUCACUACUACUCGCGCAUGCGGUUCAUCCAGCAGCUCCUACCGCAACUGGCCAAGGCUGCAGAGACACCAGCCGAGGGAGGAAAACAGCCCAUGUCUCGUGUGAUCUCUGUUCUCGGAGCUGGCCUCGAGAAGCAAAUCGACCUCUCGGACUUCGAUCUCAAGAAGAACUACUCUCUCGCUCGUUGCGCAAACCACGCGCAAACAGGAACCACACUUGCGAUGCACGUACUGUCCUCCCAGCCGGAAGCCAAGGGCGUCACGUUAAUUCACUCCGCGCCUGGUGGAGUCAACACCAACAUCGGGAAGCGAGCACCGGGCCUUGCCGGCAUCGUUCUCAGAACUGCAGCUUCAGUGCUGCCAAUUUUAAUGCCGAGCAUCAUGGUUCCCAUUGUGGAUAGCGGAGAGAGGCACAUGUACGCGGCGACCAAUGACGAGUGGGGAAAUGGGGGAGUUGUCUUGUUAAAUCAAAAGAGUGAUGUUAUUCCGAAUAACGGUGCACUGAAGGAGCUGCUAAAGAAUAAGACCGAGGUGAAGGUAUGGGAGCAUACUCAGGAGGUGUUUAAGAAGAUCUGUGAUGAAGGUGGAAAGUUUUAAGGCUUGCAUGUAGCAGGCGGUCUGUCAAGCAAUAAGGUCUUUUUAAAGUUUCUUCGUGUAGGAUAUACUUAAUAGUUUGAUACAUGCCAUCCAUUUAAAUGACAGUGUCUCGCUAACUCA